GAAUACUGGGCCCUGUCAUGCUUGAAUCUAUUUUGGUUAGUUUGCCGAAAGAAACACAGAACGAAAAAUGAAAUUCAUGUAAAUUCAAACAUUUGUUGAAAAUGGUGAAUCCAAGCUUAACGUACGAAAUUUUAUUGUAUUUGAAUUCGUUUUAUUUCGGAAUGUUUGCUGCUUGUGAAUUUGGGAUGGGACUUUUAAAAGCUGUGAAUUUAGCAUAUGCUGAAAACAAACUUGCUCUGGAUGCUGGACUGAUGAUAUUAUUAUUUGUUAUUGAAACAUUAAGGAUAUAUUUAGGCAGAAAAGGAAAUUUGAGUGAACAUGAUAAAACUGUUUGCAUUUCAAUAUUCCUAACGAUACCUUCAGCAAUUGGAGUGUCAUAUUUUCUGAUUUUCCAAUCUUUUAUUCUUCGUCUGGAAUAUAUACUUUGCUCUCUGAUGUUGGCUCUACAGGGAGCAGAGCUGUUCUUUGCUAUAAUGUAUGUGUUCACAAUGUGCCAGCCACCUUCUUAUGAUUAGAUAAAAAUAUUUAUAUAUUAAUAUUUUUUGUAACAAGUUUUGCACCGAAAACAUAUAGAGAAGACUUUUUAUAAAAAUAUUAUUCUAUUAUAUAAUAUUUAGCACUGUCUUUAUUAUCACAUCAUUAGGAAUAAGAAAAAAGUGUAUAUAGAUUAUAAAUCCUGAAUUGAUCUGCAUGAAUUUAAAUUAUGCAAGAAGCCAUCA